AAAGAACAUCACUUGUUUUGUUUAUCUUUUUUCAUAACAUUAUUUUGAAUAAUAAAACCAGUGAAAAGUUCAGACUAAUUAUUAUCUGAGACAUUUACUAUUAUUCAUUAACACUAUGAAUAUUUUGCCGAAAAAGAGUUGGCAUGUCCGAAAUAAGGACAACAUCGCUCGGGUUCGUCGCGAUGAAGCCAAAGCAGCUGAAGAGGAGAAAGAGCGCCAGCGGAGGGUAGCCCUGGCCGACCAGGAGGCAAAAAUCGACUUCCUAAGACAAAAGGCGCGGGCUAAAGCUGGGACAACCGAGACAACCGCGUCCAGUUCCGCCGCUGAGAUCGAUAAACGAAUCGAACGUAAAGAGCAUGUAAACUUUUUCGAGAAUUUAGAAAGCGGAAAGGAUGAUGGGGUAAAGCGGAAAAAUUUUGAACAUGAAAAAGAGAAGAAGGAAGAGCAGGAAAAGUACGAGAAACAGAUUGGGUACUUGACCUAUUUGGGACAGGACACGAAUGAGGCCCUAGGCAAGAGGGAUUGGUACGAUGUGGCUCCGACGAGGAAUGAUAAUUUGGAUAAAGAAGGAAAACGUGUGGAGGUUGGAUUGAAAUCGAAGGAGUACAACGAUCCUUUGAACGUGAUGCGUCGCUAUAUGCCGGAAAUGCGGACUUAUUCUCUUCCAUCUGUUCCGAAAGUAGAACAUGAAGUCAGCAAAGAUGCCAAUAAUGCUUCCUCAAGCAAAUUUGCUUAUCAGUCUUUGACGGGAAAAACUAAAAAGAGGAAACGGAGAAGCAGUACUUCAGAUAGUUCUAGCGUUGAACCAAAACGCAAGAAACGAAAAAAGCAUCGUCAUAAAAAGCAUAAAACUAAAGAUAAGAAAAGUCGAAAAAAGCGAAAGAAGUCGUUAAGUUCUGAAUCGGAAUCACCCGAUGAAGAAUUGCAACGCAUUAAGAAACUUAAACUCGAUGCUUUGCGAAAGGAACGUUUAUUGCGGGAGCAGGAGGAAAAGGCUCGUUCAGAAAAACUGCUUGCAAAACUGAGGGGUGAACCGGAUCCGGACGCUAAAAAGAGUGCAUCAACGCCAACGACCACCGUUGGUCCUAUAAUAGUCAAGCAAAAGUACAACUCUCAAUUCAAUCCUGAGCUGGCGAAGCAAAAUUAUGACUAAACGUAGCAUGAUCAAUAAAUGCAUUCGAAUUUA